AUGGAUUUGUUUAUUGAAAGCAAGAUAAACAGUUUAUUACAAUUUUUAUUUGGUUCCCGACAGGAUUUUUUGAGAAAUUUUAAAACUUGGAGUAACAACAAUAACAAUCUAUCGAUUUAUUUAUUAAUUUUUGGCAUAGUAGUAUUUUUUUAUAAAAAACCAGACCAUCUAAACUACAUUGUUGAGAGCGUUAGUGAAAUGACAACAAACUUCAGAAAUAAUAAUAGCCUUAGCCGUUGGUUGCCCAGAAGUAAGUUUACCCACUUAGACGAAGAGAUCUUGAAAAGAGGUGGUUUCAUUGCUGGUUUAGUUAAUGAUGGUAACACUUGUUUUAUGAACUCUGUUUUGCAAUCAUUGGCAUCAUCCAGAGAAUUAAUGGAGUUCUUGGACAAUAAUGUCAUAAGGACCUAUGAGGAGAUAGAACAAAAUGAACACAAUGAAGAAGGAAACGGGCAAGAAUCUGCUCAAGAUGAAGCCACUCAUAAGAAAAACACUCGUAAGGGUGGCAAAGUUUAUGGUAAGCAUAAGAAGAAAUUGAAUAGGAAGUCAAGUUCGAAAGAAGACGAAGAAAAGAGCCAGGAGCCAGAUAUCACUUUCAGUGUCGCCUUAAGGGAUCUACUUUCUGCCUUAAAUGCGAAGUAUUAUCGGGAUAAACCCUAUUUCAAAACCAAUAGUUUAUUGAAAGCAAUGUCCAAAUCUCCAAGAAAAAAUAUUCUUCUUGGCUACGACCAAGAGGACGCGCAAGAAUUCUUCCAGAACAUACUAGCCGAGUUGGAAAGUAACGUUAAAUCAUUGAAUACUGAAAAACUAGAUACCACUCCAGUUGCGAAAUCAGAAUUACCCGAUGAUGCUUUAGUAGGUCAACUUAACCUUGGUGAAGUUGGCACUGUUUACAUUCCAACUGAACAGAUUGAUCCUAACUCUAUACUACAUGACAAGUCCAUUCAAAAUUUCACACCUUUCAAACUAAUGACUCCUUUAGAUGGUAUCACGGCAGAAAGAAUUGGUUGUUUACAGUGUGGUGAGAACGGUGGCAUAAGAUAUUCCGUAUUUUCGGGAUUAAGCUUAAAUUUACCGAACGAGAAUAUUGGUUCCACUUUAAAAUUAUCUCAGUUAUUAAGCGACUGGAGUAAACCUGAAAUCAUCGAAGGCGUAGAAUGUAACCGUUGUGCCCUCACAGCAGCGCACUCUCAUUUAUUUGGUCAGUUGAAAGAAUUUGAAAAAAAACCUGAGGGUUCGAUCCCAGAAAAGUUAAUUAACGCUGUAAAAGAUAGGGUCCAUCAAAUCGAAGAAGUUCUUGCCAAACCAGUUAUUGACGAUGAAGAUUAUAAGAAGUUGCAUACAGCAAAUAUGGUACGUAAAUGCUCUAAAUCUAAGCAGAUUUUAAUAUCAAGACCUCCACCAUUAUUAUCCAUUCAUAUCAACAGAUCCGUAUUUGAUCCAAGAACGUACAUGAUUAGAAAAAAUAACUCGAAAGUAUUGUUUAAGUCAAGGUUGAAUCUUGCCCCAUGGUGUUGUGAUAUUAAUGAAAUCAAUUUGGAUGCUCGUUUGCCAAUGUCAAAAAAGGAAAAAGCUGCGCAACAAGAUUCAAGUGAAGAUGAAAACAUUGGCGGUGAAUACUAUACGAAAUUACAUGAACGCUUCGAGCAGGAAUUUGAAGACAGCGAGGAAGAAAAAGAAUACGAUGACGCAGAGGGGAACUAUGCGUCUCAUUACAAUCAUACCAAGGAUAUCAGUAACUAUGAUCCCCUAAACGGUGAAGUCGAUGGCGUGACAUCCGAUGAUGAAGAUGAGUACAUUGAAGAAACCGAUGCUUUAGGGAAUACAAUCAAAAAAAGGAUCAUAGAACAUUCUGAUGUUGAAAACGAGAAUGUAAAAGAUAAUGAAGAACUGCAAGAAAUCGACAAUGUGAGCCUUGACGAACCAAAGAUCAAUGUUGAAGAUCAACUAGAAACAUCAUCUGAUGAGGAAGAUGUUAUACCAGCUCCACCUAUCAAUUAUGCUAGGUCAUUUUCCACAGUUCCAGCCACUCCAUUGACAUAUUCAUUGCGCUCUGUCAUUGUUCACUACGGUACCCAUAAUUAUGGUCAUUACAUUGCAUUUAGAAAAUACAGGGGUUGUUGGUGGAGAAUAUCUGAUGAGACUGUGUACGUUGUGGACGAAGCUGAAGUCCUUUCAACACCCGGUGUAUUUAUGUUAUUUUACGAAUAUGACUUUGAUGAAGAAACUGGGAAGAUGAAGGAUGAUUUGGAAGCUAUUCAGAGUAAUAAUGAAGAAGAUGAUGAAAAAGAGCAGGAGCAAAAAGGAGUCCAGGAGCCAAAGGAAAGCCAAGAGCAAGGAGAAGGUGAAGAGCAAGAGGAAGGUCAAGAGCAGAUGAAGUUCGAGAGAACAGAAGACCAUAGAGAUAUUUCUGGUAAAGAUGUAAACUAA